CAACCCCCUUCACCACAACCCGACCCCCAUACUGCUGCUGGAAUGGAGGCGGGGUCCAGGGAGGGUGGUGGUGGUGGGGGGGAGGCUGAUCCGGCCACGCAAGCAAAGUCUCGACGGCUUCACCGGGCCGGAGAGGGAAGCGCGCAAGACCCCACGACCCGAAGGAGCACGCCACAUGUCUCGGGAGGCGAGCGUCGGUGUUGGAAGGAGUUUGGAGGCGACGGGGGCCGUGCAGGGAGCGAGGGCUGUCGCGGUCAUGGGGGAGGAGGGUGCCCGGCACCGGGACCCCUUCGCGAGGCCGCGGUGUCUGGCGGCGGCGGCUCCCGCUGGGAAAGCGAAGCUCACGCACCCGGGGAAAGCGAUUCUUGCAGGUGGCCUCGCGGGAGGUAUAGAGAUCUGCAUCACGUUCCCCACGGAGUACGUGAAGACGCAGCUCCAGCUGGACGAGAAGGCGAACCCCCCGCGGUACCGGGGCAUCGGCGACUGCGUGGGUCAGACGGUUCGGGGUCAUGGAGUCAGAGGUCUUUACCGGGGGCUCAGCUCCCUCCUCUACGGCUCCAUCCCCAAGGCGGCGGUCAGGUUCGGGAUGUUCGAGUUCCUGAGCAACCACAUGCGGGAUGAGAACGGGACCCUGAACAGCACGCGGAGCCUCCUGUGCGGACUCGGGGCCGGCGUGGCCGAGGCCGUGGUGGUCGUGUGCCCCAUGGAGACCGUCAAGGUCAAAUUUAUCCACGACCAGUGCUCACCCAACCCCAAGUACAGGGGCUUUUUCCACGGCGUGCGGGAGAUCGUGCGCCAGGAGGGUGUGCGGGGCACCUAUCAGGGCCUCACCGCCACGGUGCUGAAGCAGGGCAGCAACCAGGCGAUCCGCUUCUACGUCAUGACGUCACUACGCAACUGGUACCGAGGCGAUGACCCCAAUCGCCCCAUGAACCCCCUGGUGACGGGGGUCUUCGGGGCCACAGCAGGAGCUGCGAGCGUGUUCGGCAACACCCCCCUCGACGUCGUCAAAACCAGAAUGCAGGGCCUGGAUGCACACAAGUACAAGAGCACGUGGGACUGCGCUUACCAGAUCGCCACCAAGGAGGGAGCCAAGGCGUUCUACAAGGGCACGGUGCCGCGCCUGGGCCGCGUGUGCAUGGACGUAGCCAUCGUCUUCAUCAUCUACGACGAGGUGGUGAAGGUCCUCAACCGCGUCUGGAAAACCGACUGAGUCGCCGGCACUGGAACGUUCCUUUUCCACCCUCCCCCUUCCCCACCUACCCCCCCCCCCUCCCACCUAGUCCUACGCACCACUCCCCCCCCCCUCUCCACCGCUCCCGCCCCCCAAAUGCGAGCCCCACGUCUUCACAGGGGUCGCACUUGGAUCCUCGUCCUCGCACCCUCCCCACCACCACCACCACCACCAGGGGAAGUUGGACCCAGCGCGGUGCGCCCACGGGGGUUCUAUGACACGGGAGGAAGAGGGGGGUGGGGCAACCACUUCGUAUGGAGGGCAAGACAAAAACAAAGAUCCCCCGUAUAGCCUUUAACAGACUGCUGGGGCAAGUGCUGUUAGCGAGCAGCACCUAUGAAGGCCGGCACGGCACACGAGGGGGUGGGUGGCCAGC